AUCCAGCGUUAAUUCGCGAUUAGGUACACCUAGACUGGUUUUUGCCAGUGCGUUCUGAUCGCGAACGCGUCGCUACGGACUCGUACGAUCGGACAACCGACGGACCGGACCUAUCCACCACCCACUCGACCGUCUUUGUUGCACCAUCGUGUUUAUCCGUGGCCCUUCGACGCUCGAAAGAUACGGAGAAGUGAGAUUAGAGUGUACAGGGGGGUCCGUAGUGUCCGAACACUGGCGCGUACAUGUGUUGUGUCUUCGAGCGACAGGAUACACCGGCCGUCUCUGGAUAUACGUGCGCGGUACCGCCGUACUCACGGGCUCGUGUGACGGAACCGUGCGACUGCAUUGCACGACCGACCUGCAACUCCACGGACGUGUUUUCUGUCACCGGCGAUCGGUGCCCCAGAUGAUGAUCACGAUGAUGAUGACGGUGAUUUGAGAGUGUCGUGCAGUGCUGUUGUGCGACGACACGGGCAACCGGUAUCGCCAGUGUUCUUAUAGGAUCAUUACAUGUACCAAUUAGGUACGUACACACGAUUUUAAAAUACGAUGCACACUGAUGCGCUCCACUAACACAGAUACGGACGAGACGUCGUGGUGUUUGUUGGACAAUUCGGCGCCGCGGGGCCCGCCCGAUGUGCCACCCCGUAACCCUACAAUGAGUCGCGUCAACGGAAGAUUGCCAGGAAGUCACGCAGUCAGCGAUCACGAGCGUGAUCCCGACCUCCAGCCGUCCUGCCUCGUACGCACCCCAUCCGGUGGCUUCUACAGUAUACCAAAGAUACCCAAGAAUGAGUACAACAACAAGAAUCAGUCCACGGGGAAUAGUCCAAUAAAGGUCGAGCUGCAGAACAACAUGGAGAGAGUAAAUUUACCGUACGGCCACGCGCCCUCGAUGAUCCCAAUGAGGAGACAGAGCAUUCGCUGCCACUUCGUGAAAGGGGUCGACUGGUGCAGCUGGAAAUUAAUUGCAAUGAUAUUGCUUAUAGUCUCGUUGUGCAUAACAGCAGCGUUAGCCUAUGUCGUAGUUUCCAGCAUAGUAAGCCGGACUUAUCACGGCACGAAAGCGUGCGAGGUGGACGAAAGCGCAGAGACGAAACCGUUGCCCGUCGAGGCGAACAAGACGUUCUCGACAGCGGUCGCGUCGUCGUCGCAAGCUAACAGCAGAACGGGUCAACAGGCGUCUCCAGGAGGUGCGAGAACUUUCCCUGCCAGGUCUUUCCCACCUGACGGGACAACGUUCGCCCAGGUGGGCUUGGGGCAGAAGCUCAGCAAGGAGAUUCCACCUUACAGCUACUGGAACAUGCAAUUCUAUCAAUCGGAGGCCGCGUAUGUACGGUUCGACUAUAACAUCCCACGAGGUGCUAGCAUAGGUGUCUAUGCCAGAAGAAACGCUCUUCCCACGCAUACGCAAUACGAUCUUCUGGAAGUGUUGAGUGGAUUCAAGGCUAGGACCACUCGGGCGUCCCAUGUUAGUGUCAUUCCUUCGAUCAAGAAAGAGGUGACGCAUUACAUGGAGCCAGGCCAUUGGUUCCUCUCGUUGUACAACGACGAUGGGGAUCCACAAGAGGUCUCGUUCAUAGCUGUGAUCGCUGAAGAUAUGACGCACAAUUGUCCCAAUGGUUGCAGCGGGAAGGGCGAGUGUCUUUUGGGCCAUUGUCAAUGCAAUCCCGGCUUUGGCGGCGAGGAUUGCAGCGAAAGCGUUUGCCCGGUUCUCUGCAGUCAACGCGGGGAGUACAUAAACGGAGAGUGCCAAUGCAAUCCUGGUUGGAAGGGGAAGGAGUGUUCCCUGCGACACGACGAGUGCGAGGUGCCCGAUUGCAACGGCCACGGUCUCUGCGUAAACGGAAAAUGCAUCUGCGUGCACGGAUAUAAAGGAAAGUACUGCGAGGAGGAGGACUGCCCUCACCCCAAUUGCUCGGGGCACGGUUACUGCGCGGACGGCACCUGCAUCUGUAAAAAAGGGUGGAAAGGGGCUGACUGCAGCCAGAUGGACAAGGAAGCGUUGCAAUGCCUACCGGACUGCAGCGGACACGGGAACUUCGAUCUAGAGACGCAGACCUGUCUCUGCGAACCGAUGUGGUCCGGCGACGACUGCUCAAAAGAGUUGUGUGAUUUGGAUUGCGGGCCCCAUGGCCACUGCGUGGACAACGUUUGCGACUGUCUGACAGGAUGGUCAGGUGACUUGUGCAAUUUGAAGCAGUGCGAUCCACGUUGCAACGAGCACGGCCAGUGCAAGAACGGGACGUGUUUGUGCGUGACCGGUUGGAACGGGAAACACUGCACGAUGGAAGGCUGUCCAAACUCUUGUUCCGAUCAUGGACAGUGCAGAGUCAGUAACGAUGGCCAAUGGGAAUGCAAGUGCUACGACGGCUGGGACGGCAAGGAUUGCAAUGUGCUCCUCGAGCAGAAUUGCGGCGACGGAAGGGACAACGACAAAGACGGUCUCAUCGAUUGCGCGGAUCCGGAAUGUUGCGCGAGUCAUGUGUGUCGUACCAGUCAGCUUUGCGUGGCUGCACCGAAACCGAUCGACAUACUGCUGCGAAAGCAGCCGCCGGCCAUCACCGCGUCCUUCUUCGAGCGGAUGAAGUUCUUGAUCGACGAGGGCAGCCUUCAGAACUACGCGCGGCAAGAAACCUUCAACGAGAGCCGAUCGGCGGUUGUACGUGGUCGCGUUGUCACGCAUCUCGGCACCGGUUUGAUGGGAGUAAGAGUUAGCACCAGCACGCCGUUGGAAGGAUUUACUCUGACGAGAGACGACGGAUGGUUUGAUCUACUGGUGAACGGAGGCGGUGCCGUCACCUUGCAAUUCGGCAGGUCACCCUUCAAGCCCCAAAGUCACAUAGUCUUUGUACCCUGGAACGAGGUGGUUAUCAUCGACAAUAUCAUAAUGACUACCGCGGAGGAGAAGCAACCCAGCCACGUUCCGCACUCAUGCGCUGCCCACGAUUACGAUCUGAUGAAGCCCGUGGUCCUGGCGACGUGGAAGCACGGUUUUCAGGGAGCGUGUCCCGACAAGAGCGCCAUUUUGGCAGAGUCCCAGGUGAUUCAGGAGAGCCUGCAAAUCCCUGGUACGGGAUUGAAUCUCGUCUACCACAGCUCCAGAGCGGCCGGGUAUCUAUCCACGAUACAGCUGCAGCUGACCCCGGAGGUCAUACCGCCGUCCCUAAAUUUAAUCCACCUGAGGAUCACGAUCGAGGGCAUACUGUUCGAGAGGACGUUCGAGGCUGAUCCGGCGAUAAGGUUCACCUACGCGUGGAAUCGACUGAACGUUUAUCGACAACGCGUUUACGGCGUCACCACCGCUAUGGUGAAGGUGGGGUACGAGUACAACGACUGCAAAGACGUGAUCUGGGACGUGCAGACGACGAAACUCAGCGGCCACGAUAUGUCCAUCUCCGAGGUCGGUGGAUGGAAUCUGGACAUUCAUCACAGGUACAAUUUCCACGAGGGGAUCCUGCAGAAGGGCGAUGGUUCGAACAUCUACCUCAAACAGAAGCCUAGGGUAAUUCUCACGACUAUGGGCGACGGGCUCCAGAGACAUAUGACCUGUAUGGAGUGCGAGGGACAGGCUUCCAAGCAGAAACUUCUAGCGCCGGUUGCUCUUGCUGCGGCUCCCGAUGGCUCCCUGUUCGUCGGUGAUUUCAAUCUAGUACGAAAGAUACUCGUCGACGGAACUGUCAGGACUGUUGUUCAACUCAACGCAACAAGAGUUUCGUAUCGGUACCACAUUGCUCUGAGUCCACUGGAUGGCUCCCUGUACAUAUCUGACCCAGAGUCUCAUCAGAUCAUUCGCGUACGCGACACCAACGACUAUACAGAUCCCGAACGUAAUUGGGAAACGGUGGUCGGGUCCGGAGAACGAUGUCUUCCUGGCGACGAGGCCCAUUGCGGCGACGGUGCUUUGGCCAGAGACGCCAAGCUCGCGUAUCCCAAAGGCGUCGCGGUGUCUGCCGACAACGUCCUCUAUUUCGCGGAUGGCACGAACAUCAGAAUGGUCGACAGAGACGGUAUCAUCACCACCGUGAUCGGCAAUCACAUGCACAAAUCCCACUGGAAGCCCAUACCCUGCGAGGGUACUCUGAACGUGGAGGAGGUUCAUCUCCGUUGGCCCACUGCGUUAGCGAUCAAUCCUCUGGACAACUCGUUGCACAUGAUCGACGACCACAUGGUGCUUCAGUUGGCCCCGGAUGGUCGAGUGAAGGUGGUCGCUGGUCGUCCCCUUCACUGUGCAUCCCCAUCGGUUUCGUUCGACACGGAACUAGCGACUCACGCUACUCUGGUGAUGCCACAGAGUAUCGCGUUCGGUCCAUCCGGUAAUCUGUACAUCGGUGAGAGCGACUCGCAGAGGAUCAAUCGGUUACGUGUGAUCGGUACAGACGGCAAGAUCUCGCCAUACGCAGGCGCGGAGUCGAAAUGCAACUGUUUGGAACGUGGCUGCGACUGUUUCGAGGCCGAUCAUUACCUGGCGUCCACCUCCAAGUUCAACACCAUAUCCGCGGUGGCUGUGUCCCCUGACGGAGUGGUUCACAUAGGCGAUCAGGCGAAUUACAGGAUUCGUUCCGUGACGGCGAGCAUACCGGACGCGAGCGGCGCUAGGGAAUACGAGAUUUACUCGCCGGACACCCAAGAAAUCUACGUGUUCAACAGAUUCGGCCAGCACGUCGCCACCAAGAACAUCCUGACCGGUGAGACCGUCUACCAAUUCACGUACAACGUGAACACCAGCAACGGCAAGCUGAGCACUGUUACGGACGCGGCUGGCAACAAGGUGUUCCUCUUGAGGGAUUACAGCAGCCAAGUGAACUCGAUCGAGAACACGAAGGGACAGAAGUGCAGGCUCAGAAUGUCCCGGAUGAGAAUGCUCCACGAAUUGAGCACACCCGACAAUUACAACGUCACGUUCGAUUAUCACGGACCGACCGGGCUGCUGAAGACUAAAUUAGACAGCACCGGCAGGAGCUACGUCUACAAUUACGACGAAUUCGGCAGGCUAACCAGCGCAGUUACACCGACCGGAAAGGUGAUCAGCCUGACCUUUGAUCUCAGUUUGAAAGGCGCGGUCAUUAAGGUCGGGCAAAAUAACAGGAAACCCAUCUCGAUGCUGAUCAAAGGAUCGUCGGUGGUUACGAAAGUUGGAGAAGCGGAACAAAGGACUACAGUUCUCGCGGAUGGAUCCGUUGGUCAGGUCACGCCAUGGGCUCAUACAAUCAAUACGGACACCAUGCCGUACACGGUCCUGGCUGAAAUCGAGCCGCUGUUAGGCGAAAGUUAUCCUGUUCCUGCCAAACAGAGAACCGAAAUUGCCGGCGAUCUGGCGAACAGAUUCGAGUGGCGAUACUUCCUGAGAAAAGUCCAAAGCAACAAGAAUCGAGGCAACUCGAAGCCCGUCGUCGCGCAAGUGGGUAGGAAGCUUCGCGUCAACGGGGAGAUUCUCCUGUCCCUGGAAUACGACAGGGAGACCAACAGCGUGGCGGUGUUCAUGAACGACGUGGAACUUUUGAACGUCACUUACGACAGAACGGCUAGACCGAUCAAAUGGGGACCAAGGAACGGUAUCUUCGCUGGCGUGGAACUCGAAUACGAUCGCUUCAGCAGACUGACCAGCUGGACCUGGGGAGAUAUCAGCGAGACCUAUGGUUUCGACAGAGCUGGCCGAUUGUACGAGAUCAAAUACAGCGACGGCACGUCCAUGGUGUACGCGUUCAAGGACAUGUUCAGCAGUCUUCCGUUGAAAGUGACAACACCCAGGGGAAGCGAUUAUCUGCUGCAAUACGACGAGGCUGGAGCAUUGCAGUCGUUGACCACCCCGCGAGGACACAUUCACACCUUCUCGCUGCAAACUUCCCUGGGAUUCUACAAGUAUCAGUAUUACUCGCCCAUGAACAGGCAUCCGUACGAAAUUCUGUACAACGACGAUGGACAGAUUCUGGCCAAAGUGUACCCCCAUCAAAGCGGCAAGGUUGCUUACGUUUACGAUCACACUGGGAAAUUGGAAACUACUCUUGCUGGGUUGUCUUCGAUCCACUACACGUAUCAAGAAACGACGAGUCUGGUCCACAGCAUCGACAUCAACGAGCCAAACUUUGAGAUGCGAAUCGAAUACAAGUAUCACGCUGGUAUCGUCAAAGAUGAGAAGAUCAAAUUUGGUAGCAAAAGCGGUCUGGACAAUGCACGGUAUCGUUAUCAGUACGAUGGCAACGCGCGAAUAUCUGGCAUCGAAGUGGACAUUAAUGGCAAACAGCUUCCUCAGUUACGGUUGAAGUACAACCAGAAUCUCGGUAUACUGGAGGGCGUCGGUGAUCUCAGGGUGUACAGGAACCUGUUCAACAGAUCGGUGAUGCAGGACAGCAGCAAACAGUUCUACACCGUCACGGAUUACGACGAGCACGGUCGCGUGAAAACGGUACUCAUGAACAUUCGCACGCUGGACGUGUUUCGUAUGGAACUCGAGUACGAUAAUCGAAAUCGCAUCAAGAUGAGGAAACUGGCGAUCGGUAAAGACUCGAAAAUGGAGAAGAUCACGUACAACGCGGAUGGUCACGUGCUGGAGGUGGCUGACACGGAGAACAAUUGGCAGUACGCGUACGAUGAAAAUGGUAACGUGAUCGGUGUUACGAGAGGGCACAACGAGAAACUCGCGUUGGGGUACGACAGCGGGGACCGUGUCAUUCAGUUCGGUGACGUUGAAUUCAACUCGUACGAUGGACGAGGAUUCGUCGUGAUACGAGGGGAACACAAAUACAGGUACAAUUCCCGCGGGCAAUUGAUCCACGCGUCGGAGCACAAGAAGUUCCAGAUAUGGUACUUCUACGACGAUCGCGGACGAUUGGUCGCCUGGAACGACGAUCGCGAGAACAUCACACAGUUCUUCUACGCGAAUCCAAAGACGCCGGACCUGAUAACACACGUCCACUUCCCGAAAUCCGCAAAAACCUUCCGGUUCCUCUACGAUUCCCGCAACUUCUUGAUGACGGUGGAGACGUCCGAGCAAAGGUUCUACGUCGCGACGGAUCAGAACGGCUCUCCCCUGGCGCUGUUCGAUACAAACGGGAAUCUGAUCAAGGAGAUGAGACGCACACCGUUCGGGAAGAUAAUCAAAGACACGAAUCCGGACUUCUAUUUGCCCAUCGACUUCCACGGCGGCCUCCUCGAUCCCAACACCAAACUGGUCUACCUGAACAAGAGGUUGUACGAUCCAACAGUUGGCCAAUGGAUGACCCCCGCCUGGGAGCAAAUGGCGAACGAGCUCACCACCCCCACCGACAUCUUCAUCUAUCGUUUCCGGAACAACGAUCCGAUCAAUUUCAAACAGAACGUCGAGUACAUGACGGACCUGGCCAGCUGGCUGAAGCUAUACGGUUACGACAUGUUCGCGAUACUAGGCUCCGAAUACAUGAAGCAGAUGGUGUACCAACCCAGCGCGAUGAUCACGUCGCCGCAAUUGACGCCAGAGUUCGGUGUGAUGUCCGGACUGCAGUGUAUCGUAGACCGCGUUCACGAGAAGUUCUCCGAUCUAGGAUUCGUACCGAAGCCUCUGCUUAAAUUAGAGCCAAAGACCAGAAAUCUCCUUCCGCGAGUGGCUCAUCGUCGCGCCGUCUUCGGCGAGGGUAUCUUGGUGUCGCGAAUCGGUGGACGAGCGCUCGUCAGCGUCGUGGACGGGGUGAACAGCGUCGUGCAGGGCGUCGUGACCUCCGUGUUCAACAACUCGUACUUCCUGCCGCUGCACUUCAGCGUCCACGACCAAGACGUGUUCUACUUCGUGAAGGACAACGCGCUGAAGAUCCGCGACGACAUGGAGGAGCUGCGUCGACUGGGUGGGAUGUUCAACGUGUCGACACACGAGACCACGGAGCACGGGGCUGGCACGUGGAAAGAACUGAGGCUCCACAAUCCGGAUGCAGCUGUGGUGAUCAAGUAUGGCGCCGAUCCAGAGCAGGAAAGGCACAGGAUACUGAAGCACGCUCACAAGAGAGCGGUCGAGAGAGCUUGGGAGAUCGAGAAGCAGCUGGUGCUGGCCGGUUUCCAAGGCAGAGGAGACUGGUCGAAGGAGGAGAAGGACGAGCUGAUCAGUCGGGGCACCGUGAACGGGUACGAGGGUGUCGACAUCCACAGCGUGCACAGAUACCCCCAGUUAGCCGACGACCCUAGCAACGUGGCGUUCACCAGGGACACGAAGAGAAAACGACGGAAGAGCGGUAACAAACGCAACAGAAUCCACAGGCACGACUCGUGAUUCGAGGAUGUGACGCGAGAUCGUAACGCUAUUUGGGACUUGGUUCACGCACCCACGUGAAUCGCGCAGCGGACAAAACGUAAGAAAGAACAAUGAAGAGAGACAAGACUAACACGUUCAUAUUACAUUCAGCCGUAAAAAAAAAAAGAAAAAAUGGUUCGUCGAGACACCGCGCGUAUAUGUGCCCGUCGUUCGCGUCCAUUAAUAUCCACCAACCUCCCCCCCGUCCCCGUAAUUUUUCUCUGUUCUCCUCUCCGUCGCACUCGUAAAGGAGGAACGAAGUAUGAAAUUGAGAUAUGUUCGCGAGGUGCUGUCGAUUAUGUUCUUUUCCUCACCUACCAAAACCCCCGCUCGGUGUGCCAUAAUAGCGUUGCUUGCGAUUCAACCGUUCGAACCGUCUUUAGUUAACGACAGCACGAUCGUGGGCGUCCCCCCGGAGUUCCGAUAACCAAAACGUCACCGGGGUUUCCCCUCUGGAGGGCGGAACGGAUCGCGACGUGUCGAAAAGAAUUAUCGAGCUAGUCACAAUUAUAUACGGGAAACGGGAAACGCGUGAAAAUGGUUUGUUCGCGCGUGAUCAGGGGGAGAGACAAUUCCUCGCGAAGGGAGAUCUCGAGGUGCGCGCGCAUACGAACUUUCAAAGGUGCCGUCCGUGAUGAAAUCCGACGAAAGACGAGUGCGUGAAAGAGAGAGAGAGAGAAAGAGAGAGAAAGAGGGGAUAAAAAGUACUCUCGUGUUCGUUGAAGAGUGUCGAUCGAACUGGUGUUCUCAUGCAACAGGGUCUAUACGAACGUUGCCGUGUACGUCGCCCGUGGCGAGUUUAAUAGGGAAAACAAAAAACGAAGAAAAAAGAUACGUCGAGAAGGAAAAAGAAAAAAAAAAAUAUACAACAGAUAUUUUUAACAUGACGCGAUGGUGUGCUAGCGCGAGGCGAGCGAAUUUGUAAAUAUAGCUACUCGAGUAAACGUAACUGUAGAUAUUAUAACAUACGAACCGGUAAACUUAAGUGGAAACUGUCGAUAAUGCUUUUAUAUAUGUAUACAUAUACACGGAACACGUCUCGCGUAUUAAAAAAUGAAAAUGAUGAGCGAUGCAUACGGACAACACAUUUCACACGAAUCCACCGACAGUGCGCGAAACAUAUGCCCGAUGCGUAGGCGAGAAAUGAUUUGUAGAAUUUUGUAACGUGGGGAAGAGCUAAGUUUCUUAAAAAAAACGAGGGAUUUGGUCGAUAUUCGUUUGUGCUCAGGUUUACGCGCGUAAUCUCCGGGUUCGCGACAGAGUAAUACUUGCGUUUGUCCCGUUUCGAAAGGGGGGUUUUGGUGUCUGUUCGGGGUCGAAUCGUCGAUCGUUCGGACUCGGAAUGAAAUUGGAACGAUUCGGGACUCCGACCGUAGAUGCAACGUGUAAAUAGUUUGAUAUGUAUGAAACGUUUGCGUGUCGUGCAGGCUAUAUAAUCGGCGAGAAAAUUUGUAACGAUGUUGUACGUGUAUGCCCUCGUAUCAGUACAUCGCGUGAUCCGGUUUUACGACGAUGACGCGACGUAACGAGACAAGCAAUAGACGAGGAAAAGUUUCGCGAUGGAGAGACGGGGUCGAGUAAUAGCAUCCGCAAGGAAUAAUUAUAUAAUAAUAACGAUAAUAAUGAUAAUAUAAUAAUGAAAAUAAUAAUAAUGAAUAGUAAUAACGAUAUGAUAAUACGAAUACUAAUAAUAGUAAUAAACUAAUAAAAAGGAAUAAUAUUAAUAUAACGAUAACACUAUUGUAUGGAAAUACCCCGCCUAUCUUUCUACUAAAAUUGAAAAAUUAUUUUUUGAAUUGUGUCGUCAAAGAUGUCCUGUGUCCUGAAAAACCGUGUGUCUGUGGGAUCGCCCCAUAGAAAUUACCCACCCCCCACACCCCCCUCCUCCUCCCUAUCAAAAUACCUUUAAAAUCCUCCUCUCUGUAUAAGCAUAACUGAAACUCGUCGGUGUUUAUCAAAUAUCGGAUAAAUGAAAAGUGGGAAAAAAAAACAAACACACACACACACACGCGCGCGUACUUGUAAGAAAAAUGUAGAUCGAGCUCUGUGGUUUGAAUCAAAGUGGAGUAAUUGACAUAGAAAGUAAAGACACUAAAAUAAAAAAAAAAAAAAAAACAAAACUAAAUGCGAUAUAAUUACGUACGCGGUAUAAUAAUACAUAGAGAAAUAGCGGGCCAACGUGCGAGCCGCGUCGCUCGACCACGUUGUGUUCCAGGUAGUUUGUACGGUGGAUUUAAAGCAUAAACACAUAAUCAUAAUUACAAAAGUAACGUACUAGUUGACGAGUUAACGAGGAAUUUAGCGAAAACGUAAAAGAAGAAAAAAGAAAAUGAAAAAACGGUUUAAGAGUAUGCUGGCGAACGUAAACGCCGCUGUACAUAUCUGUUGUGUAUAGCCAGUAUAUGCCAUAAACCCACGCAAGUAGUGUUCGCGCAAGAAGGAAUGCAUUUUCUACGAAGUAACGGAGACCGACGGUCAGACAACGUGUGUUCCCGUUUAUCGCUGCCAUAUUUUUCUCGAUCGAUCGUUGUCGAUUUGGCGUGACCGUUUUUUCUCUCUCGUAAACGCGACAGUUCCAUUUCUGUUUAUUGAACCGUGCCCCCCACCCCCACCCACCCCUCCCUCGUCCGCCAUAUUGGUUCAAGCGCGUCGAACGACCGUGUCGGGGUUCCCCUUGGACCGGUGAGACGCAGUCCGAGGUAACACGAGGCAUAUCAAUCUGUGAUUCACCGUUUUCAAUAUCCAAUACCGCGAACACGAAACCCCUCUAUACGUGCACCGGAUUUACAAUCGUUCUUGCAUCAAAGAUAGCCCGACCGUUGCAGCCAUUUACGGCCUCGGUCUCGUCUCACAACGUGUUCCCGAUUGCAUGGUUUUUUUUCUUUCGGAUUACCAUCUUGAUCGUUUCUCUCUCCAGAACACGAGAGAAUACACGGUUCGAACAAUUUUAGAUCGAUGGAGGUUACUAAACUGAGUAAGAGCACACCCAGGCGUUCGUUUAUCAAUCAUUUCCACCCGUGGACGGUCAUUUUACCAAACAAGUUCCUUGCGAUCAAUUCAGAAAAUUCUAUCGAGUUGUUCUUUUCAAAUUGUGCUGUUUGAAAACCACAAUUUUUAAUUCGAACAUUUUGUCAUUAAAGUUUUUAGAGAUAAGAAGAUCUUUCCUCGCAAAUAAGAUCAUAAAAUUAAAAAAAGAAAAAUAAUACAGACUGGUUUUGCGACUGUCGCUGAAUUCGAGGAAUUCCAAAGAAGAACAUUUAAUAUUUUAAUAACGAUAAGAACUAUCUGAAACCAAUGUAGAUCGAAAAUAGUAUGAAAAUCAUUGAUAUCGAUUUUUCAAUUUUGUACUGUUUCAAAACAUGAUUUAUGCUAGUAGUUUUCGAGUUUGAACAUAUCUAUCUGAUCGCUGAAGGUCAGUGAGUUGUUACACCCACCACCCCGUCUGAUUGCACCGCAAAAUGGUGGUAGGAGCAUAAGUUCACGAUCGAAAAAGUGGUCUCAAGCUUCAAAUCGUGCGUUAACGAAUAAAGAACAAUUGCAAUUAAAUUAAAAAUUAGUAUUUCGAAAAGACUGAUUCGCUGUUCUACGUUGAAUACCUUUUACUCAGUUUAGAAAUUCUUGCACGCCAAAACACUGCCGAAUCCAACUGUUUUUCUAACACGCGUAUUUCUAGAGAUACUUGUCUGAUUUGUCUGUUAAUUCGCCGUUACCUACCAUCAGUCGCGCGACAGCGUGUCUUAAAAAUGCUCAGCAAACAGUGUUUCUGUAUGUAUUCGUUCGUUCGCGAAGCGCCGCGUAAGGGAAACAAGGGAGAGAGAAAAAGAAACAAGAGAAAGAAAAAAAAAUGAUACGACGUUUAGAAAGCAGUCCUGUACUCGUGUUAACUUUACGCUUAGCGCAUCCUCGCCUUCGGGCGAGCAGCGCCGCGAGAAUUCUGAAAUAAAGAGAGAGGCGAUCAUAAAAUACGUCCAGGCCGUGUGCGCAUUCGGUUGUGUCAAGAUCGAUAUCGAUUCUGUCGAUACCAGUUCAGAGAUUUCGAUUUAGUAUCGACCUCUUCUCGUGGAAGGACGAUACUUUAGAAUAGAUCUUUCACUGCACAUCGAUACCUAUUUGAUACUUAAUAGGCGCCCAACACUUAAUACUUACGCAACGGCCUAGGUUUCAUUACUCUUAUACAGGGUGUCGCA